AUGAACUCAACACGGAGUGUCGCCGCGGCUGCACGAAUAGCCUCGAGGUCAUCCAGAAAUAUACCAAAGCCAUGGCACUCUUCUGCACCUCGACAGCCCGCCACAGCGCCGAACGGACGAUUACAGAAUGUGUCGAGGUCAUUUCAUGCUCAGAUUUCUAAGAAAAAUUCCUCUGCCGGGCUCGCGGAAGCUUCAAAUCCUGCCAUGGCAUUCCCUUGUCUCGACGCGCUUGAAACCAAAUCCGCAACCCUCGAAGCUAGGUCACUAUCCAGCGGCCCAGAACCCUCGUACACAAGCGGUGCGACGCUCAGCUACCAUUGCCACGAUCCAUUACUGCUCGAUUGGGGAGGAGUAUUACGGGAAUUCGAUAUAGCAUAUGAAACUUGGGGUGAGAUCAACGCAGACAAGUCAAAUGUGAUCCUCUUGCAUACAGGUCUUUCAGCAUCCUCUCACGCACAUUCAACAGAGCAGAAUCCUAAGCCUGGGUGGUGGGAGAAGUUCAUUGGACCGAAUGGAUGCUUGGAUACGAAUAAAUACCACAUAAUAUGUACCAAUGUCAUUGGAGGUUGUUAUGGCUCAACAGGUCCAAGCAGUAUCGAUCCCGCGGACGGACAGAGAUAUGCGACGAGAUUCCCUAUUUUGACAAUGGAGGACAUGGUACGGGCACAAUUCCGACUCCUUGACGGAUUGGGAAUCAAGAAACUGUAUGCCAGUGUUGGAGCCAGUAUGGGAGGCAUGCAAUCCCUUGCCGCCGGUGUUCUGUUUCCAGAACGUGUGGGAAGAAUAGCCAGUAUUUCUGGUUGCGCAAGAAGUCAUCCGUACAGUAUUGCCAUGAGACAUACCCAGAGACAAGUUCUUAUGAUGGACCCGAAAUGGAACCGAGGAUUCUACUACGACGGCAUACCUCCCCACGCGGGUAUGAAGCUCGCGAGAGAAAUCGCAACAGUCACCUAUCGUUCCGGACCAGAAUGGGAGCAGAGAUUCGGCCGUCGGAGGGCUGACCCGAGCAAACAGCCUGCAUUAUGUCCCGAUUUCCUCAUCGAGACGUAUCUCGACCAUGCAGGAGAGAAGUUCUGUUUGGAAUAUGAUCCCAACAGCUUACUGUAUGUCAGCAAAGCAAUGGAUCUUUUUGAUCUCGGCGCAAGCAACCAGUCGGCGACUGCAUCACGGAGAGCAGCGCGAGCAUCGCGGCUUGACGAGGGACAGGUUCAGGACACGGAAGCCGCCUCCUGCACUCUCACACUCCCGGAUUCGCCCUACCAAGAGCAGCCUGAGUCGGGAGGAUCUCAAGAUCUGAAUGCGCCUGUCAAGCAAUCCUCUGAACCUCCACAGGAUUUGAUCGCUGGACUGAAGGGGUUGAGGGACCACCCGGCUUUGGUGAUGGGCGUCGCGAGUGAUAUCCUUUUCCCAGCAUGGCAGCAACGAGAGAUUGCAGAAACCCUCAGGAGGACAGGGAAUACCAGAGUCACCCAUGUUGAACUUGGAGAGGAUGUCAGCUUGUUUGGUCAUGACAGCUUCUUGUUGGAUCUGGAGCAUAUUGGUGCAAAUUUGAAGCAAUUUUUGGGCUAG